CGAGCGGGGUGAGGUCAGAGCCAGCAGCCGGGGGGCGGACUCCCAGAGCAGUGGCGCCCCUCCCCCGCCUCAGGCCACGCGGUCCAACUCUUCCAGAACCUUCCUUCCGCCCCGCCCCGUCGCGCCCGCCCCGCAGCAGCCCUACUCACCUCAACCUCCAGAACCCCUUCGGACACGGGCCGCGCCGAGCGCCCCACGCCGCAGCGGGAUCCCCGCGAGCCGCCGCCGCGCACGUUGCGGGCCCUGAGGCCUCUGCUCGCCCAUUGGCCCGCGCCGUCCGGGCGGGAGAAGUGGCCAACGGCCGCCGCUGGCCGUCAGGGUGCUGCGGCCAUGGCGUCGGGACCCAGGCCCGCGGUGCCUGAAGACUCGGUCCGAACCGUCAGCCCCGGCCGGCGAGGCGAGAAGACUGUCUCCGCGCCCACUGGGGAGUUGGAGGCGGCAGGGACCCUGAAGAGCGUCGUGUCCCCGGUGCGGUCGGUGGUGGCCUCCCCUCGUCGCGUGAAGGGGAAAGCGGGCCGGGAGGCGGCCCGGCGGCGACUCCAGCUCCUGUCGGUCUCUCAGGCCGAGGGCCCGGGGGAGGGGCCCGACGAGAAGGAGGAGCCCCUUCUGUCGGUGCUGGAGGAGGAUGACGAAGAGGCGCAGCCGCUGCCCCCAGUCUGCGUGUCCCCUACGAGGGGGAUGUGGCGGGACGAGAAGGUGGCGCUGUAUUGCGACGGGAUCCUGCAGGACUGCAAGGCAGAAGAAGCUGAUGACGCCAUGAGUAAAUAUCUAUCAGAGAAAUUAAAGUUGAAAGACAAAUGGCUUGGAGUCUGGAAGACUAAUCCUGAGUUAUUCUUUGUGAAGUAUGAAGAAGCUUCUAUCCCUUUUGUUGGUAUACUGGUUGAGGUAACUUGUAAACCACACCAAAGCUCAUCAUCUUGUUUCAAAGUUACGGUUUCUGUGGCUGAGCCCUUUUCUUCUAACAUUGCAAAUAUUCCAAGAGAUUUGGUCGAUGAGAUUUUGGAAGAACUAGAGCAUAGUGUGCCUCUUUUGGAAGUGUACCCUGUUGAAGGACAAGAUUCUGAUUUACAUGAUAUUGCUUUGGCCUUGGAAGUUGUAAGGUUUUUUUAUGACUUUCUUUGGAGGGACUGGGAUGAUGAAGAAAGUUGUGAGAAUUAUACUGCUUUGAUUGAAGAAAGAAUUAAUUUGUGGUGUGAUAUACAAGAUGGAACAAUACCUGGUCCUAUUGCACAACGUUUCAAAAAAACUUUGGAGAAGUAUAAAAACAAGCGAGUGGAGCUCAUCGAGUAUCAGAACAAUAUUAAAGAAGAUCCAUCUGCAGCAGAGGCUGUUGAAUGCUGGAAAAAGUACUAUGAGAUAGUAAUGCUCUGUGGAUUAUUGAAAAUGUGGGAAGAUUUACGCCUCCGAGUUCACGGACCUUUCUUUCCAAGAAUUCUUAGGCGUAGGAAAGGAAAAAGAGAUUUUGGAAAGACAAUAACACAUAUCGUAGCAAAAGUGAUGACUACCGAAAUGGUAAAGGACUUAUCUUCCGACACACUUCUCCAGCAACAUGAUGAUUUAGAUUUGGCUUUGGAUAGUUGUUACAGUGGAGAUACAGUAGUUAUUUUUCCAGGAGAAUAUCAAGCUGUAAAUCUUGCAUUAUUAACUGAUGACAUCAUUAUAAAGGGAAUUGGAAAGAGAGAGGAAAUUAUGAUUACUUCUGAACCUUCUCAUGACAGUUUUGUGGUGUCCAAAGCUGAUAAUGUGAAACUAAUGCAUCUAUCUUUGAUACAACAAGGGACAGUUGAUGGUAUUGUGGUGGUAGAGUCUGGCCACAUGACUCUAGAAAACUGUAUAUUAAAAUGUGAAGGAACAGGAGUGUGUGUUCUUACAGGGGCUGCUUUGACAAUUACAGAUAGUGAAAUAACUGGUGCCCAGGGUGCUGGUGUUGAAUUGUAUCCUGGGAGCAUUGCUAUUUUGGAAAGGAAUGAAAUUCAUCACUGUAAUAAUCUCAGAACCAGUGACAGUUCAAAAAGCACCUUAGGUGGAGUUAAUAUGAAGGUUCUUCCAGCACCCAAAUUGAAGAUGACUAAUAAUCAUAUUUACAACAACAAUGGCUAUGGAGUAAGCAUUCUUCAACCAACUGAACAGUUUUUUAUUGUAGCAGAAGAAGCCCUCAACAAAGGGGCUGCUUCAGGAGACAAAAAAGAUGAUAAUAUGCUCUCCAAAGUAAUGCAAAAUCUGAAUCUGGAAAUGAAUAAUAAUAAAAUAGAGGCAAACUUAAAGGGGGAUAUUAGAAUUGUCACAAGUUAAAGCAUCUGGAUGUUAGUUUUACAUUUCAGAUAUGUUUAAUAAAUAAUUCUCAUAUCCCAGAGAAAUGGGUAGCUUUAAUGAAAUUUAAAAUUUAAUAACUUUAGUGCUCUUUCAUUGUGAUUGAUUUUAACAUGUUCUUUUAAAUAAAUUUUUUGAUAUAAUUCACACACCAUGAAAUUCUUUUCCCCCCGCUUUUUAAGGUCACAUUUCGAGGCAUAUUGAAGUUCCCAGGCUAGGGGUCAAAUUGGAGCUUCAGCUGCCGGCCUACACCACAGCCACACCAAACCUGAGCCGAGUCUGUGACUUACACCACAGCUCACAGCAAUGCCAA